AUGAUUUCUUGUGUUGAUGUUUUGAAAGGUCAUAAUUAUUUAGUUCCCGUAGAUCCGUUUGAUGAUAACGAUUAUAGUUUUAGUCAUUAUUCUCCUGAAUACGAUUUUAUUUGUCUUGAUGAUGUUUUGAAACGUUUAAAUCAACAUCGAAAUCUGGUUAAUAUUGUCAUUUUGGAUGCAUGUCGAGCUGAUGGACAAAACGGUACGUGGAAAUCAAAAGACAUUACCGGCUCUCUAUCAUCUUUACCGAUUAUACCUGUUUAUGGAACAAGUAAAGGUUUAUCAGCCAAUGUUCGUACACGAAUCGAAAAAUUUCAAAAGCUUGUUCGAUCGAAACCGAUUGCAGAUUCGUCUUCUCCAUGGUUGAUUAUGUGUUACGCAAUAACUUUUGGAUUGGGGUACUUUAGAAAACUUUUUUCCCAUGGUUUUGCUCAAAAAUUUUUCCAAAUAUUACCGUAUGGGACCAAAGGCAAAACGAUGUCGAAAAUUUUUUCUAAAGUACCCCGAUCCAGAAGUUAUCGCGUACCACAUAAUCAACCAUGGAGAAGACGAAUCUGCAAUCGGUUUUGA